AUGCGAAGUUUACAUAUCUCGACGACUAUGCUCACAACAUCCUGGAUAUGUCGCAAUUGCUUAUCGCGCAUCAGCCGCCCGCUGCUGAAACGCAGCAUCCGCCUCCAGAGUAAUGCUGCAACAUCUGAGUCGAUACCACCAGCCCUGCUCUCAAGAGCCCGCGCAAUUGUUACAGAGCACAAAGAGUUGACUGAAAAACUCUCCAAUGGCUUCGACACGCGCGCUGCGAAGAAGCUGGGCGAAUACAGCCCCAUCGUGAACGCACUAGGGGAGUGGGAUAAAGCGAAUGAGUCUGUGACAGAGCUCACUUCGAUGAUACACGACGCCUCAACCGACCCCGAACUACGAUCACUCGCUUCCGACGAUCUUGGGGAGACACGAGCGCAGCUCGUGAAUGCUUCACAAAACCUAAUCACUUCUCUGGUACCCGUACACCCCUUCGCACAUCUACCAUGUCUUCUGGAAAUACGACCUGGUGCUGGCGGUUCAGAAGCAGCUAUAUUCGCUGGAGACCUUUUCCGCAUGUAUUCUGCCUUCUGCAACCGAAACGGCUUUCGCACAAACCUCCUCAAGUACGAAAACGUGAACGGCACUACUGAGGCUGGAGUACCGCUAUCCGAAGCGAUCAUCGAGGUGGAGAACGACGGCGCAUAUGGCGUCUUCCGAUGUGAAGCAGGUGUACAUCGCGUUCAACGGGUGCCCGCUACUGAAACUAAAGGGCGUACGCACACGAGCGCGGCAUCUGUACACGUGCUACCUAGUCUACAAGAAAACUCUGCAGAGGAGCAGGACUUCGACGACCCCGAGAGCGACUACUACAUCGACGUGAAGGAGGUCAAGUUGGAAGUCAUGCGGGCGAGCGGUGCCGGUGGACAGCACGUCAACAAGACAGAGUCAGCCGUUCGGCUAACGCAUAUCCCCACAAACACAGUCGUCGCGAUGCAAGAUUCUAGAUCCCAGCACAAGAACAAAGAAAAGGCCUGGGCCCUUCUGCGCUCACGCAUUGCCCAAUCAAGACGAGAAAAGCGCGAAGAGGAGAUGGCGAACAUGCGACGAAGCGUUAUUGGCGUGGCGAAGAUGGGUCGCGGUGACAAGGUGCGGACCUAUAAUUGGGGCCAGCAGCGAGUUACUGAUCAUAGGAGUGGAACCACCGUGCAUGAUCUAGACGACGUGAUGGGAGGUGGCCAAACACUGGAGAAGGUCAUGGAGGGUGUUCGCAGCUGGCUUAUGGAACGAGACGUCGAGGCUUUGAUCGCGGACGAUGCGAAUACAAAGUGA